AUGUCAUUCUCCGUCGAAGGAAGAUCUGCUAUCGUAACUGGGGCGGGCUCGGGAAUUAACUUUGCCUUCGCCAAACUACUACUGGAGCAUGGAUGUAAUGUACUCAUUGCCGAUCUAGCGCUUCGUCCGGAGGCGCAGGAACUGGUGGAUAAGUAUUCCAAAUCGUCCAGUAUUCCCCGGGCCGUCUUUCAGAGGACCGACGUGACCGACUGGAAACAGCUUGAGCUGAUGUUUGAGGUCGCUGAGAAGGAGUUUGGGGAAAUCGAUAUAGUGUGUCCGGGAGCUGGGGUCUACGAACCGCAUUGGAGCAACUUUUGGCGCCCACCCGGUACUCCUGAAAGUCGGGACCCGCAACAUGGCAAUCGAUACGCCCUGCUAGAUAUCAACUUGACACAUCCGAUUCGCACUACGCAACUUGCUCUGGCCCAUUUCGUUCGCCGUCGGACGAGCGGACGUCCGAAACACAUUGUUCAUAUCUCCAGCAUUGCAGGUCAGAAUCCAGCUUUGGCGGCUCCGAUUUAUGUCGCUACCAAACACGGUAUCAACGGUCUUGUACGGUCGUUGGGCAAGCUUGACAGCAAAUUUGGAAUUCGCGUGACAGCCGUUGCCCCUGGCGUGAUAAAGACCCCACUGUGGACCGACCAUCCGGAGAAGCUAAAGAUCGUUGAUACUGCCAGUGAUGAAUGGGUGACCCCCGAGGAGGUAGCUCAAGUCAUGCUAGCUCUCAUUCAACAAGACCAGGUCAGUGAAAUUAUCGGUGAUAGAACCGGUCAAGGACCACAGUUUCCGGUACGUGGGGGAACUGUGCUGGAAGUGUCCAAGACGGUGCGCUCUGUGAGUGCGAUUAAUGAUCCAGGUCCUGGGACCAGAGCCGGUAAUACAGUGUCGGACAUGAGCGUAUUAGAAGACGAAGUCUUUGGGUUAUUAUCGCAGAAAGGAUGGGGAACUCCGAAAUUGCGUGGAAUAAGAGGGAAACGGGACCCGGGGUUUCAUGGUCAAGCCAGCUGGAUCAGCUGUGUGAUCAAUCUGGUUAAUACGAUCAUCGGCGCCGGUGUUCUUGCUAUGCCUCUGGCUAUAUCUCAUAUGGGAAUCGUUUUGGGUGUCAUCGUGAUAUUAUGGUCUGGAACGACAGCAGGGUUCGGUCUCUACCUCCAGUCCCGAUGUGCGCAGUACCUAGACAGGGGAACGGCGUCAUUCUUCGCCUUGUCCCAGCUGACCUACCCCAAUGCCGCCGUGAUCUUCGAUGCCGCCAUUGCGAUCAAGUGUUUCGGAGUUGGAGUCAGUUACUUAAUCAUCAUUGGAGACCUAAUGCCGGGAGUUGUUCAGGGCUUCGUUGGUGGUACCCCAGACUAUGACUUCUUGGUGGACCGGCAUUUCUGGGUAACAGCUUUUAUGUUGGUUGUUAUCCCGCUCUCUUAUCUUCGCCGGUUAGAUUCCCUCAAGUACACCAGCAUUGCUGCUUUGGUUUCCAUGGCCUAUUUGGUGAUUUUGGUUCUCUAUCACUUCGUGAUUGGUGACACAAUGGCGGAUCGAGGACCAGUUCGUGUGAUUCACUGGGCCGGUCCCGUGCCGAUGCUCAGCAGUCUGCCUGUGAUUGUCUUCGCAUUCACAUGCCACCAGAAUAUGUUUUCGAUAUUGAAUGAGAUCGCGAACAAUAGCCACUUUAGAACGACUGGAGUUGUCUUCGCCAGUAUUGGAAGUUCUGCUGCAACAUAUGUUCUUGUCGCCAUUACUGGUUAUCUGUCGUUUGGAGACAGUGUUGGAGGAAACAUCGUGGGCAUGUACCCCCCUGGGCUCUGGGCGACAAUUGGACGCGCUGCCAUCGUUAUGCUGGUUAUGUUCUCGUACCCCCUUCAAUGCCACCCGUGCCGCGCCUCGGUUGAUGCCGUUUUGAAGUGGAAACCGAAGGCUUCAAACAGCAACGAUAACUCGCCUCACCGCCAUCCUCUGCUAGGCCCACGAGGCAAUCGAACACCCGAACCCAUGAGUGAUCUUCGCUUCUCAGUCAUUACGACAACAAUCUUAGUAUUGAGUUACAUUGUUGCUAUGACCGUCUCUUCUCUCGAAGCAGUGCUUGCGUACGUUGGUAGCACAGGCAGUACCAGCAUUAGUUUCAUUCUUCCGGGGUUGUUCUAUUAUAAGAUCUCCUCGCCCGACUCACCUGCUCACCAACGACUGAUGAAAGAAGACGACGAAGCGGCUGAAGGCAUAUUUUCCGACGAUGGUGAUGACAACGAUGAUCUAGAUAAUCAGGCCCGCUCGCUUACUGAGAGUGGUAUCCUUCGUCGUGGGACUCGCCAUUGGCGAAAGGCUUUACUGCGGAAGCUGAGUCUGGCACUCGCCAUAUACGGAGUCAUUGUCAUGAUUGUCUGUCUCAUCACCAACUCGCUCUUCAUCGCCUCACACUAG